AAGAGCCCAGAGCCAUGCAGAGAAAAACAAAAACAAGGGACCCGGGAGACAAUCACUCCACAGCAGCUCUGCAGAGUAAUACACUUCAAAAAGCCACUGCUCUUUUUCAUUUCAUCGAAAGAUGAGUUUUGUGGAAGUUAAGAAUCUGGAGCCCACCACAUUUGAGGCGAACUACUAUGAUGAAUAUGACUAUUACAAUCUGACCGAUCGCUACUGCGGUGGUGCCAGCCGCAAGGGCCGCACGAAGCGCGAAGCGGACUGUAACACCAACAGACCCUCCCCGGCGGGUCACGAGCGCAAGAUAGCGGAGAAACUGCAGAACUCCAAGAGGAGGGCAAAGGAGUGAGGGAUGGCACAUUAGCACACCGGACAGAUGAAUCUGGCAAUGGACCACAAGUCGCCUUGGCGACAGAUGACGGCAGAGAACAAGCAGACUGCAAGAGCCGAGCUGAGGCUUGGACAGAAGUCUGGCCGGCUGAUGGAAAGCGAACAUUAAAACGUGACGAAGCUGCGUCGCUUCAGACUGAGAACAGAUGGCUUUUCACGAAGGGGUUAAAUUAAGAUGUGCUUCGUGUGUGUGUAGCGUCGGCAACCUGACUCUUUGUGUAUGGUGUACAUGGCUGGAGGAAAAUCAAUCAAUUGUGUUUUUCUCACAAUUGUAAAGUAAUUCUGAAAAUAAACGUGUUAAACCUC